AUGUCGCUGUCGACGACGGGAAACUGCGGAAAAAUCCGCCGCAUCGUACGCGUGCGGCAAAUGCUUCUCCGGUGGCGGCGGAAGGCGCGGCUGGCGGCGUCGGACGUUCCGGCGGGACACGUAGCGGUGUGCGUGGGGCCCAGCCGGAAGAGGUUCGUCGUGCGCGCCACGUACCUGAACCACCCGAUCUUCAAGAUGCUUCUCGCGAAAGCAGAAGAAGAAUAUGGUUUCUGCAACCACGGUCCUCUCGCUAUUCCUUGUGACGAGUCUCUGUUCGAAGAGCUUCUCCUGGUCGUGGACCGGCCCGUACCCGGAUUAUACACACUCGACGAUUUAAGGAGACGGUGCCACGUAGAUGUGUCGAGUAGCACCUCUGAAUCGUGGCCGUUGCUUGCUUCGUGA